AAUUAACUUUAUUAUUAUAAUACUGAUAUAAAUAAUGGAGGCUGCGAAUGUAUCUAAACAGCAGUCUAGUUCUUGUCAAGAACAUAAAAAAUUUUUAUUACGUUCAUUCGCAUCAAAAGAGGAGUUUGUAAGAGAAUAUAAAAAGCUGUACAACGAAAAAGCAAAAACUGAAGAACUUUUUCUAAUGCUUUUCAUUGAACUUGAAAAAGCAACAUUAGCAGGUGAUAUUAAUAGUUUAAAAAAGUUAAACUAUUUAAUUGAUCAUAUAAGGGAGACAGAAGAUCAAACAGCUUUACAAGAUUACUACAAUAAUACUAACAAUCCUAUUAAAAACACUAACUUAGUUAUUUUAGCUUGUAAGGAAAAUAAGCAGGAGAUACUAAAAUAUCUACUUGAUAAUAAAAUUCUAACUAACCUAUCCAUGAAUAUUAAAGAAAGCGUUAUACUACCUGAUUAUGAAGACGAAGCAAGCCAUAAUGCAUUUUACUAUGCCAUACGUUCAGGUAACAUCGAGCUUCUUGAUACACUAAUUCAAAAAUGGCCAGGUAAUUAUUUUACUUCUCAUUUGGAGGAAUUGGAUGAAAUUCUUUCAAGAGCUUAUGAAGAAUUAAAGCUAAAAAAUGUACCAUUGUCGGACAAAAUAGAAAUUUUUGUUGAAAGUAAAUUAAUAAACCUCCGUUUCUUCUCUAACACUUCCAAACAGGGUAAAAGUUAUGGUUGUGAUCUUAAUAAUAUUAAAGAACGGAUUGAAUUAAUACUUCAGAACAUUAACUUGUUAAAAUCAGAGUAUAUAGAUACAGAAAAAGUGGAUACAAAGUUUUUAUUCAUAGCAAAAUUUAUUGCACAAAAUAUUCAUAUACUGAAACAGCAAUUGAAAUCAACCUAUAAUAUAAUACCUUGGGAAGAAAUAGAAUUCUGUUUAGUCUGCUUUGUUUCUUCUUACAUUAAACAACAAGAAAUUAAUCUGUUUUAUUUUGCUAUAUUGAAUAAAAGAAAAAUACUAAACCAAUUACAAAAUUUUGGAAAGAAACUUGAAGAACUGAAGAAUAACAUAAACACAAUGGAUAUUAGUAAAAUUUCGGAUCUUCCAAAAUUAAAGCGGGAGAUAGUUGUUGCAAGUAUUAUUAGCAAUUCUCCUGAAUUUGAAGAGUUGUAUACUGAUUACCAACAGAUUAGGGAUAUGUAUUCUUUAGAUAAAAUAAAUAAUUAUGUACAGUUGGCAUUAUCAAUUGAUCCUGCAACAAGGGAAGGACAAUUAAUUAUCACAAGAGUCUUGCAAGUUAUCGGUGAAUAUUUACAAAACACUCUGGAAUCUCCUAAAUUAUCCAAUACUAUGAGUGCACUGCUUCUACUGUCGUUACCAAAGUAUACAAGAGAAGUCGUUAUAGACUUACAUAAUUCAUUUUCGCACGCUUAUUCACUCUCCAAGAGAACAGAGAUCGAGAAGAAUACAGAUGUUAAUUUUUGUAUUGAUAUUCAAAUCGAUAUCAGAGAAAUCGGUGAGGUGAUUACUAAUAUUUUUUUCGGCAAUAAAGUUAAAGUGAUCAGAAUAUUAUUGCAAAACAUUAUUGAUAGUGAAAAUGUAGAUGAGAUACAAGAGAUUAUUGGAGAACUUAGUAAUAUCGAGUUUGAUACAAUGAUUCGAGAGAACUAUAAUAUAAUGGAACUCGAGGAACUUGAGGAAUUAAUUGAAGAAUUAAGCAAUACUGUAAUGCAAACAAAUUAUGAAGAAGAACUGUUUGAUGAAAUUAAUAACAUACUACAUCUUGCAAACACUGAAUCAACAAGCAAGAAGACUGAUUAUGUUGUAGGAUUCGUAACUUUACGGAGUUUUGGUUUUAUCUAUAGUAAUACAGAGAUUAAUCACAAUUUUGUUAGAGUAUAUAAAUUGUUUGCUAAUAAAAUACUACAGAGUAUUACUUCUAAAAUAAAUUCGCGUAGUCUUAAAGAAAUUGCUGAACUGAUUAUAAAAAUCGCUCAUUGUGUUAAGUUAAGAAUGCAAGAUGAAAUGUACCUUACAGAAAUAUACAGAAUAAUAUUCAAAAUUGUUGGUAUCAUUGAAUUUGAAAUAAAUGAUAUCAAAUGGAUUGAGUCAUUAAGAGAAAAAUUAAGUGUAAAAGGUUCUUUGAUACCUAUGUAUAAACAAAACCGGACGAACAAUAAAAUAUCAGAAAUAGAGCAUAAUAAUCAGCUUGAACUGAAGUUAUCAGAAUUGCAGAACAUUUUAAACACUAAUGCAUUGAAUGAUCAAUUAAUUGAUAAACUCUCUUUCUAUAAACAGAAUAAAAAACUACAAGUAGUAGUAAAGAUGCUUGUGCUGGAUAUAAUGUCAAUAUUAGGCAGUUCAAAAAAUUACUUAGAAGAUGAUCUAUUUUUCUUAGAUUAUAGUACUCCUCUAUUAACUGGAAAAUGUUUGCAUAAUUACUUAGCACAUGACAAUGCUUUAGUUCACAUAUUAUUACCUGAUCCUUCUAUAUCAGUUAUUCUAAAUGCUAGAAAAUUAACUACAGAAAAUAUACUCAAGAAGAAGAAAAAAAUUGGCAAGUUGAUAAAAGAAGAUAUCUCCAAAUUAAAGGAUAAAUAUGGUCAUUGUCUAGCUAUAGUUACUAAUCAAAAACGGAUGUUUGUUGCAUUAGAAGAAGGAAAUCUAGAAAACUUGAAGGAUUGUAUCAAAAAAGGAGUGGACAUUCAUGCUAGAGAUAAUAAUAUGUGGACCACAAUACAUUUUGCUGCCAAAGGACCCAGUCUUGCAGUUGUAAAGUUUAUUCUUAAUCAGAAUGUAAGUCUUAAUGUGAAGAAUAUUAAUGGUCAAAGCCCACUGCACAUUGCUGCUUUAUACGGAAGGGCAAAUAUUGUAAAAUUUUUUGUAGAGGAAACAGAGUUAUGUAUCGAUGAUCGCGAUAAUAAUAAAAAAACUCCACUGCAUAUUGCAGCUGAAAAUGGUAACAGGAAUAUUGUUGAAAUUCUACUAAUGACUGGUGCUAAUAUUAUCACUCAAGAUCGAAUUAGUUUCCCACCUUUACUCUCUGCAGUAACGAAUAAUCAUAUUGAUGUUGUUAAAGUUCUUCUGGAAAAGGAAGUAGAUGUUGAUUUUACACAGGCUAUGGAUAGUUGUACUUUACUACAUGUAGCUGCAGAGUGUGGACACCUAGAGAUAGUUGAGUUCUUACUUAAAAAGGGGGCAAAUGUUAAUGCAAGAAGCGAUACAAGAGGAACCCCAUUACAUACGGCAGCACUACAUGGUCAUUUGGAGAUAGUAAAUAUUCUGAUUUUAAAUGGUGCUGAUGUUAAUGUUAGAGUUCUAGAUGGUUCUACACCAUUACAUUAUGCAAUAGAGAAUGGUUACGAGAAAAUAGCUAACAUUUUAUUAGAACAUGGAGCUAAUGCUAAUGUUUCUGAUAAAACUUAUAACAAUACACCUUUGCACUAUGCAGCAAAAGGUGGAAAUGAGAGAAUUGUUGAGGCUCUACUAAAUAAUAAUGCCAAUACUAACAUAGCCACUGUUGAAGGUUUCACUCCACUGCAUCUUGCAGUACAAAAUGGUCAUUUAGAAAUAGUUGUCACUCUUCUCAAAUACAGUAUCAAUAUUAAUGUUACAGUUGAACAUAAAGAGACGCUAUUGCACUAUGCAGCAGAAAAGGGUUAUAAGGAAAUUGCUGAACUCUUAAUAAAAAACGGAGCAGAAGUUAAUGCACAAGAUAAUAGUGGUAUCACUCCAUUACAUUUAGCUGCUUUGAGAGGCCACAAAGAUGUUAUAGACCUUCUAAUAAAAAAUAAAGCUAAAGUUAAUAUUAAAGAUAUUACGAAUUGCACGCCAUUAUACGUAGCCACUAAAAACGGUAACAAAGAUAUUUGUGAUCUUUUGAUAAAAAAUAAAUCUGAAGUAAAUGCUAAAAACUAUUGCGGUAUUACACCAUUACAUGCAGCUGCUACUAAAGGUGACAAAAAUAUUAUUGAUCUUUUAAUAAAAAAUAAAGCUAAAGUCAAUGCUGAAUGUGAUGAUGGUACUACGCCAUUGAAUAUAGCUGCCAUUCAUGGGCAUGAAGAUAAUGUUAUUCUUCUAAUAAAAAAUGGAGCUAAAGUUAACAAUAGAGGUAUCCUGGGUUUUACACCAUUACAAUCAGCUGUUAUGGGAGGCUACAAAGAUGUUGUUAAUCUUCUAAUAAAAUAUAAUGCUAAAGUUAAUGCUACAUGUAUUGCAGGCAAUACUCCAUUACAUUUAGCUGUAGAAAUAGAAAAUAAAGAACUCGUUGAGAUCUUGAUAACGAAUGGGGCCAAUGUUAAUGCCAAAAAUGGAGAUAAUAUGACACCAUUGUGUUGUGCUAUUAAAGAAAAUUCCAAAGAAAUCGUUGAAGUUCUGAUCGCCAAUGGAGCUGAUGUUAAUGUAAACGAGGGUCAACCUUUAUCGUUGGCAGUUUCUGCUGGCGAUGAAGAUAUUAUAAAUGUUUUAUUGCAAAACAGCGCUCAUAUUGACAUAAAAUUUCGUCAAACUAUGUCGGCGUUACACACGGCUGCUGAAAGUGGUCACACAGAAAUAGCGAAUGCCUUAAUCGCACAAGGAGCUGAUGUUAAUGUUACUACUGCAAUAAGCAUUACACCAUUGCAUUUGGCUGCAGCGGGGUGUCAUAAGGAAAUGGUUGAGCUUUUAUUAUCAAAAGGAGCUAAUGUUAAUGCUAAAUGUAUGGAUGGUACACCACUACAUUUAGCAGUGACCAAAGAUGAAAAUGUAGAUGUUGUUAGAGUACUAUUAAAGAAUGCAGCAGAUGUCAGUAUUAAAGACUCCAAAAAUAGAACGGCUUUAGAGCAAGCAGUUGCACAUAAACAAUUAGAAUGUGUAAAAGCGUUACUGUUGCACAAGAAAAUAAAUAUUAAUGCUAAAUGUAUUGAUGAUUGGACAGUAUUACAUAUUGCUGCACAGGCAGGUAAUUUAGAAAUGAUAAAAUACCUAAUAAAUGAGGGGUGUGAUGUUAAUGCUAGGAACACUGUUGGUUCGAAACCCAUACACAUUGCGGCCCGAGAAGGAUUUAAAGAUAUCGUUAAAUUUUUGCUUAUUAAAGGCUGUAGUAUUCAUGAUCUUGGUAUAGACAAUCAAACAUUAUUACAUUAUGCUGCGGGGAAGGGUCAGAUGGAAGUUGUAAGGUACUUGAUAGCAGAAGGUGCUGAUAUUAACAUUCAAGAUCGUAAUGGACGAAGUCCUCUGCAUCUUGCUGCUUACUAUGAUCAAGAAGAAGUUGUUGAAAUUUUAUUAGAGAAUGGCGCAGUUUAUAAUACUCCUGAUAAAUUAAUCAGAACACCAAUAGAAGUGACUAAUAGCGAAAUUAUCAUUUUCCAAUUAUUAUCAACUGAGAAAUUAUUCGAGGCUGUAAAACGUAAGAACUCUUCAGAAGUUGAGAAGUGCAUCAGAAUGGGAGCGUUUGUUAAUGCCAAACAUGCUGGUGCAAAAGGCUAUCAGGGAACACCAUUACAUUAUGCCGCAUGGAAAGGAUAUGACAAAAUAAUAAAUAUUCUGUUGGAAAAUAAAGCUAAUCCUAAUGCAACUGGCAACAAGGCGUUUACUCCCCUGCACUAUGCUGCAAAGUUUUCUCAUUUAAAAAUAGUUAUGAUUUUGCUAUCUAAUGGUGCGAUAUAUAAUGCUAUUUCUGACGAUGAAAAAACACCAUUCCAUUUUGCUGCAGAUAAAAACAUAAAUGAUCUACUUAAAUUAGUGGAUGAAUCAUUUCGAAAUGUUAGAAAUGGUAACUCCAAAGUUAUUUACGAGCUGAAUAAGAUAAAGAAUAUUGAUAAAAUAAAAGCAAUAAUGAGUGCUCGUGAUCGGGAAAAGCAAAGUCUAAUAGUUGCUGCAAUGCACAGUAAUUUUCCAAAAAUCGAACAAUUGAAAGUAAUAGGUCAAGGCGACAUAUCCACUCAGAUUGGUGCAGCUUUACUGUUCUUAAACCAGGAAAAUUACGACAUGGCAUUAAGGUUCUUCACAAACGCGAUAGAAACAAGAAAAGAAAUACUAGGACCAUAUAAUCCUGCCACCUUAGAGAUUCUGACAUACAUAGCCAAAAUACUGUAUAAACAAGGAGCUUAUGAAGUAGCUGUCGAGUUGCAGGACGAGAUUUAUCAGAAACAGAAAGAAACAUUAGGAUUAUACCACAAGGAUACUUUAAAUACAAGAAGCUCAUGUGCGUUAAUAAUUCAUAGACAAGGGAAAGAUGAUGAAGCUUUAGAUAUUUAUCAAGAAGUAUAUAAAAAACAGAAGGAAUUAUUAGGACCUAGACACGAAGAUACUUUGACCACUCAGUUUCACAUGGCGAUGGUGUUAGACAAACAAGAAAAAUACGAAGAAGCAUUAGAGAUGAACAAGGAUGUUUUUCAAAAGAGAAAAGAGAUAUAUGGUGCAAAUCACCACGCCACUAUUUGUGCCCAAAAUAAUAUAGCAAUGGUAUUAGGUAACCAAGGCAAAUACGAGGAAGCCUUAAAAAUGUACGAAAUAGUGCUUGAGAAGAAGAGAACUGUUUUGGGUAAAAAUCAUUCCGAUACCCUGAGAACAUUAUUUAAUAUGGCUGGGUUACAUUUGAAACAGAAAAAAUAUGACGAAUCAUUGAAGGCCCAUCAAGAACUUUUCGAUAUCCAGAAAACCAUUUUCGGUGAAAAUCAUCCAGAUACCUUGAACACUCAAUACAAUCUAGCAAAUACGUAUUUUUGUCUGGGUAAAUAUAUUAGCGCACAUAAAAUUUACAGCGAAUGUUUGGGGAAAAGAAGCGCUGUUUUUGGACCAACUCAUCCCACUGUUUUGAAUAUUAUCCAACAAAUAAGGUUGAUUAACCUUAGAUUUGAAAUUGGAGGUAGCGGAGCAGCGGAGAUCACCGAGUAUUUGCAAAAAGAAAUCAACAUUGCUGCCAGUAAAGGCGAUGUACAGACUAUUCGGAAUCUGUUAAGAAAUGGAGCCGAUGUCAACGAUAGAGACGUUGAUGGAAGAACCCCAUUGCAUUAUGCUGUUAGUAAUGGACACGCUGAUGUCGUGAAAUUCUUAUUAGAAAACGGAGCCGAUGUUACUCAAGUUACUAACAAAGGUAACACACCGUUACACACAGCUACCUCGAAAAAUUACAAGGAGUUGGUCGAACUUUUGUUAGAGCAUGUAACUCGUGAUAAAUUGAAUGACUUUAUAAAUGCUAAAACAACAACAAGCGGCACCGCGUCGCUUCACAUUGCUGCUAAGAAUGGUUCACUAGAUAUUGUCAAAUCUCUACUUACAUAUGGUGCAAGUUAUAACAUUAAAAACAAGGAAGGUAAAGCACCGAUUGAUGUUUCCAACAACCAGGAUAUUAAUAGCCUGUUCAGACUGAUUGAAAAAUUAUUUAAAGACACCAAGAAUGGUAACGUUAAAGUUAUUGAGACUAUAGAAGCCUUGCAACCUGAUGAAUUUUUAGCUGUAACAAAUGCUCGUAACCAUCUUGGAUCUACACUGUUGCAAGUUGCAAUAUUUAAGAAGAGGAAGUAUAUUACUUCUAAAUUAUUAAAACUUAUGGAAAACUAAGAUGCAGAAAUGACAACAUCAAAGAAAGAAAAAGUAUUACUCUACUA